AUGUCGUUCCUAUCGGUGACAUUGCCCCAAUCCCGCGGCCAGCUUACAACCCCGCCCGAGACUUGGUCGCCGAACGCAACCGAGAAGCCAAUCGCGACAGAAUCCAAGCCGCCGAGAAACGGACCCGGUUUGAAGCCCGCUGCAGCCCCCCGCCGUGAUCCUGACCCCAAUGUUGAGAAUCUGAUCCUCUCCUCCGCCGCCGCGUCUUUUCCAUAUGACCAUUACCGUUAUCCACUCAACUCUACUUUCAUUCCCUUCGCCGGAGUUCUGACGUAUAUUGUCCGCUACAUGGACCACACCAUGGCUUCCACCAAACACUGGACUGACAAUUGCAUGGGAUGGAGCCCUCUUCACUCGAUGCUCUAUUUCUCCCUGCUGUUUUAUAUCCAGACUUUCCAUGCCAUGGAAAUUGCCGGAGCUAUCCCACCUUCUUCCCCGCUGAGAUCCCUCCUCUCCGCUAUUGAAGCCGAGAACUUGUGGAUUCCUGGACCAUUGGUUCAGUUCUUCAAGAACUUGUCUUGUUUUCGUCCUGUUGAGACUGACUUGUAUGGAAUUCUGACUCCUUAUGUCCUUCUGGCCCCCGAAUGGUCACAUGAAAGUGGCUAUGUUCUUGUUGAGCCCCUGUGCACACUUGUGCCACAUAUCCCUGCUUUGAUCUCGCGCCUGAGAACCAUAUGUUCUGUUGCUGUUCGUGACAACAUGAAUGACACUCUGUUUGCCUCUGAUGUCAACGGUCCCAACCAUGCUGCCACUCUCUUUGGCAGAAAUUUUACUAACAGCGACAAUGAUCAGCUGAUCAUGCACUCUCCUGGCAUGAAUCUUGCUUUGCCUGGCUCUCUGAGGCUUUGGCAAAAUGCUGCUAGUCGUCUCGAGUUAAAUGGGAUUUCUGCGACUCUUGAGCCCGACACCGUGGUCGAAAAUAGUUGGGCGUGCUUUCUUCAACUGAACGGCGUUUCUGAAUGGUUCGGCCCCUUAACCGCCAUUAUGUCUAAGUAUAGCCAAUUUUGGAAGGGUAGUUCCACCCUUGCUGAAUGCUCCCCAAAUGGUUCAGCCUCUGGUGGUGUGAAAAUGUCGAUCGUCCAGCAGUCGAAUCUCACCGCAACUCCUCGCUGGAAUGCCCAAACUGGAGAGCACAAUCGCAACUCUCAUGGGAACGCCAACCAAAUUGGUCAUUACACACUUUACACUAAUCGGAAUCUAACCCUGGAUGCCACCUGUACUAUUCCAGACCUGUCACACUCCAUGUGGUACGCUGCUAUCACCUAUGCCUUCAACGUUGGUGAAGACAUACCUGGACACAGGAUUUGCCCUUUCUGGCAGAUCCAACCAGACGUUAUCGGCCGCAGUGAUGUCAGCACGCUGCAAGGAAUCCUCGCCUCCCUUGUUCGAGACUACCAUUGUGACUCACCAUUUUUUAAGCUAGCCGCCCUCCAACCGACACUCGUCAGCUAG